AUGGGGCUGAUGGGCGAAAUUCUUGGUAGGAGCACUGGUUGCCAUCUUCUCCAAGCAGUUUUCGGCACCACCGUGAUUCCUUCAUGCAUCCCAGGAGAAUCCGAAGAUAACUGUACAGCUUUAGUUCAGACAGAAGACAAUCCACGUGUGGCUCAAGUGUCAAUAACAAAGUGUGGCUCUGACAUGAAUGGCUUCUGUUUGCAUGGACAGUGCAUCUACCUGGUGGACAUGAGUGAAAAUUAUUGCAGGUGUGAAGUGGGUUACACUGGGGUCCGCUGCGAGCACUUCUUUUUAACCGUCCAACAGCCCUUGAGCAAAGAAUAUGUCGCUUUGACUGUGAUUCUCGUUUUCUUGUUUCUCGUCAUCGUUGCCGGUUCCAUAUACUACUUCUGCAGAUGGUACAGAAAUCAAAAGAGUAAAGAACCAAAGAAGGAAUACGAAAGGGUGACGUCAGGGGAUCCAGCAUUGCCACAAGUCUGA